AUGCAAGCAAAUAAUUUAAACACUGAAAUUCUAUUAAAUUUAUCACCAGUAAAUGUAAUUUCAGAUGCAAUUAAAAGGUUUGGGAUACUGGAAGACUGUCCAAAAACUAUAAUUAUCAAAGUUAUAAAAAAAGAUGAGGAUGUGGAUUCAGAAGAGAUUGAAAAAAGAAUCAACGAAAUAAUAGAGGGAGACCACGUUGAAAUCAAUGACGAAAUACUAUUAAAAAUGGUUGACAUUCCAAAAUUCAAGAAGACAUAUAAAUUAAAUGAUGUUAAGUUCACCAGCGAGGAUAAUGAUGACGCAAAGGCUCUACAAGGUAAGUUGACUAGAUUAGCUAUUGGUGCUUCUAUAAUUAGAGGUCUUUAA